AUGACGCAAAAAAAUUUCACAUUUAUCAAUAAAACUGAUAUCGAUUUAAUAACGUUUGGUAUAGGUGUUGACUUCCCCAAAACUCCAAUUGAUGAAAAUUUUCUUCCCUUUUUAUAUGUGGACGUGAAAAAACUCUCGAAUGAAGAAGCAGAAGGUAGUGGAGAAGAAGUUCGUGGAGAAGUAGUUACUUUUGCUAGUAAGAGAGAAUUCUCUAGUGUUGUUCCAAGUGGCCCGGUAGGCCAUAGAAAACUAAAAAUUGAUUCAAACACGAAAAAUUUUCUGAAAUAUGAACAAGAUAAACAAGAUAAAACUAAAUAUACCGUAACUAAUAUAGGUGGCAAACCACUUAGCAUUGGUCUUACAAUCGACGGUAUGAUUGCAGCCACUAGUCAGAACGAUUUAGAACCCUCCGAGUCAAUUGAAUUCUUCUUUCCAGAAAAAUACUAUGUUGGAAUAUUCAGUGAAAUCGAGACGGAUUGGCCUAAUUGGAGUGCUGUGGUCGAUGCCAAAAUACCUUUAACUCUUGAUUCAGCUACAGUUAUUGCAACUAUUAAAAGUGGCAGAAUAACACUUAAGACACUUAAGCUUCAAGGUUCUAACUUGUAA